AUGUUGACGCUCCAGGGACUCAGCAAUGCCGAGCGCUCAGCAGGGCUCAGUCACGGGCUGGUGAAUGAGCUGACAGGCGGACAUAUGACUGAGAUACAGACACCAAUUGAGCGGCACAAUGAGGAUUUGAAUCCACGUAUGUCUCACUGGACAUACGCCCAGGAACUGAGCCCCUAUUGUGUGCAAAGAAAUGAACUGAGCUCUCUGGCCUCAGACCCUAAGCCCAACUCUGAUCCACUAAGCACCGGCAGCUUCAGGCCCACCACGGCUGACCUCCCAUCUCUUUCUCCAAGCAACGGUGCCUGUGUGUUGAGCACUUCAGGGCAAACACGCCUGCCGUGAUGGACCACCUUUCUGUGCAGAUGCUGAGUGCACACCAGCUCCCACUCCCAUGGCUGCUUUCCAAGGACAGUGUUAAUGAUCCUCACUUUGUAAGCAAGGAAAACUGAAGCUCAGAAAAGAGGGAUGGAGGGCGGUAAGGUCGGGCAUCCUACACAUAUGGUGAUAUCAUUGGACAUUUUGUGUUGAAGAAUGAUGGAGUGUUGAACACAGAAUCGCAGACUUUUACUUUAUUUUA